AUGGACCCAAGACGUUUAUUUAAACUUGUUAAAAGAAUUAGCAUACUUUGUGUCUGAACAGAGAAGCCUCGAACACUCCUCCGUUCUGGUUGAAGCUCUCCAGCAUUUCGAAGACUUCUUCCGCUCUCCACGAAAAGUUGGUUGGAGCCUUGUUGUUAUGCAGCAUCAUCGAGUAGAAGUCAAAGGUGAUCGCCGCGUCGACUUCGAGAGGGUAGCUUCCCACGUAAGUCUUCUUGCCUCCAACCACGAUCAGAGUCUGGUAGUUCACUGAGUUCUUGGUCACUCCUGUGAACCUGGUUCUUCUCUUGCUGACUUUCUUGUUGCUCGAAAUGGAAGCCUUCUUCUUGGCAAGCACGAAUGGGAGUCCAGUGCCCAGCAUGUAGAAAAGCUUCUCCUUGAGUUUCUCUUGGUGUCUCGAGAAGUCAUAGGUGUGGAUGGCUUUGAUUUGUCUAUGACACUUGACUGGGACCAACGAAACAACUGGGAUCGCCUGAGGAACACUCUUCAACUGGUUCUGAAAGUUGCAAAGACAGAAGCCACUAAAAAUAUUGC